UUGAUAAUAACAUAGGUGGGCUCGAGGGGGCGGUGGUGUACUUGUCAGCGAUGACUUAGGAGUAUGUAGUCACGCAUUAAUGAAUUUAAGUAAUGAUUCAUCACUCAGGUUUAAACGUUAAACUGUGCGUUAGAAAAAUAGCAUCAGUGUAACAGAACCGGAGAUCGACAGGUGACCUUUGGUUGUCGUCACCGUGUCGGUGUGUGAGAGACCCGGGGAGGAGCAGCGAGUGAGACGUUAGCUAGUUCAGCCAUCAGGAAGAAGUGUCAACGCCUGCACCAAGGGACUAGGAGAGCCCGUUUGUGGUCAUGGCUGCCCUCGGUAACUCCGGGGCCGCUUCCAGUCCGAUGGUGGUCCUGGCUCCGAAGACUAAAACGAAAAAGAAACAUUUCGUGCAGCAGAAGGUGAAAGUGUUUCGAGCCAGCGACCCCGUCAUGAGCGUCUUCAUGUGGGGCGUCAAUCACUCGAUCAAUGAUCUCAACCAGGUACCGGUUCCUGUCAUGCUGCUGCCCGAUGACUUUAAAGCCAACACUAAGAUCAAAGUCAACAACCACCUCUUCAACAAAGAAAAUCUUCCAGGACAUUUUAAGUUCAAAGAAUACUGUCCUCAGGUCUUCCGAAAUCUAAGGGAACGGUUUGGUAUUGAGGAUCUGGACUAUCAGGUUUCACUGACUCGCAGCCCCCCGAUGAGGAGCGUAGAUGACCAGGGGGAGGGUCUGCUCCUCAACUCCUACGACCGAACGCUGGUCAUCAAGCAAAUCUCCAGCGAGGAUGUUGCAGACAUGCACAACAUCCUGUCUGAGUAUCACCAGCACAUAGUGAAGUGUCACGGCAGCACCCUGCUGCCCCAGUUCCUGGGGAUGUACCGGGUGAGCGUGGACAGCGAGGAGACCUACCUGAUCGUGAUGAGGAACAUGUUCAGCCACAGACUGAUUGUACACAGGAAGUACGACCUGAAGGGCUCUCUGGUGGCACGUGAAGCAAGUGACAAAGAAAGGGGAAAAGAGCUUCCCACCUACAAGGACAUGGACUUCAGGAACAACCUGCAGAAGGUGUAUGUGACGGAUGAGCAGAAGGAGAAGUUCAUGGAGAAACUCAACAGAGACGUGGAGUUUCUGGUGAGACUGAAGAUCAUGGACUACAGUUUGCUGCUCGGUAUCCACGAUGUGGGUCGAGCUGAGCGGGAUGAGGAGGAGGGCGAGGAGGUUUCCAACGAGGAAGAAGCCGACGCGGAGAACGGCCUGGCACCGGGCGCCACGGUGGGCUCCUACGGCACCUCUCCAGAGGGAAUCGCUGGUUACAUGUCCUGCUGCAAACCUCUGGGGCCCGGCGAAUACGACCCCUAUGUGGACGUGUACGCGGUCAGGAGCUGCCCAGGAGCCCCUCAGAAGGAAGUCUAUUUCAUGGGCCUGAUUGACGUACUCACUCAGUACGACACCAAGAAGAAAGCCGCUCAUGCAGCAAAAACUGUCAAACACGGGGCUGGUGCCGAAAUCUCCACAGUCCACCCCGAGCAGUACGCCAAACGAUUUCGCGACUUCAUCUCCAACAUCUUUGCGUAACCCUCGGCUGUGACCGCCGCCACAAGUCGAUCCAACUGAGAGCUAAACUUGUCUUUUUAUCAUUGACCAAAAACUAGUAUGCACACACAGAUCAUGAUUUAAAUGUGGUGAUCUGAGGCGAGACUACUUACGUUUGUAGCAACAUAAUGUACUACUUCUGAUUGCAUAUAUUUAUUUUUAAGAUUUAAGAUGCAUUUCUUAUACAGUAGACACGAAGCACUCUUUAACAGAAUAACUCUGGAGCAUCAGGGUACAUUGAAACAAACUGCUGUUGAUCAGUGUUAGACCACAUCCGUGCGAGAUCAAAUAUUAGUUGUUGUUGUUGUUGUUUUGUCACUUGGCUCUGGUUCCCCAGGCAUGAACUAUUCCUUAAAGGAAGAGUUUGACAUUUUUGGGGAAGUGCGCUUAUUUGCCUAAUGACAAUAGUUAGAUGAGAAGAUUGAUACCACUCUCAUGCGUCUGUUAAAGGUUCCCUGUGGAGUUUUUGACCUCUAUUCCUUUCUUUAUAAAUGGGUCCCUGUUAUGUUUGCCUCGUGCACAAGAACGCCAUGUGCACACCAUGCUCGGUCCUGCCAAUAGUGUCCCACUAUGCCGCUGAUCUACAGGUGGUGGCAACACGCCAACACGUGCAGCAAAGUGCCAGCAGUGAAGAAGAAGAAAGCUAGCAAGGGAACAUGGGUGUAAACAAUGCUGGACUAAAAAGACUUAAAAACUCAGCUUUGCAAAUGUUUUAUGAGAAAGGAAAUGUAUUCAACACCUUUGUUAGACCUCAAGGAUACACCCAAUGUGUUUUUCACUGAAUGUAAACAUAACUUGUUGUUGUUUUUUUUUUACAAGAAUCCCCAGGCACCAUUUUAAUGUGACACUAUAGGAGGACCAGGCGACCGUUAGCUUAGCUUAGCAUAAAGACUGGAAACCGGGGGAAACGGCUAGCCUGGCUCUGUUCAAAAGUAGAACAUAUCCUCCUGCCAGCGCCUCUAAAGACUACAAUUUUGUUAUAAUAGUUUAUGAGAGGUUAUGUGCACAACUUGUCAUUUUUAGUGAGCUUUAGAGAAGCUGUUUGUCAGAUUUUGUUAUCUUUGAACAGAGCCAGGCUAGCUGUUUCUGGUGUUUCCUGGCCCUCCUAUAGCUCCACCUCAAAAGGUGCCCUGAUGAGUUUUCUUGUAAACAAACAAAAGUUUGUGUUACAUUCAGUGAAAAAACACAUUGGGUGUGUCCUUGAUGCUAAGCUAAGCUAACCGGCGGCUGGCCGUAGCCUUGUAUUGGUGUUGCUCCUCUGAUCUAACUCGGUAAAAAAAAAGAGCAAAUAAACCUAGGUCUCAAAACGUCAGACUAUUCCUUUAGUCCUAGAAUCAUAUUUAAUGGAAAUGGGUGUUAAAAGCAUAAUGGUAAUCUACACUCGAGACAUAAUAUUAUUUAUCUAUUGAAGCAGGCCAUUUGAAUGUUUAGAGUGCCAAAUGUGUGGGAUCAAAGCAGGUUUCUGCACUUUGCAUACAAUUUAAUGAACUCUGUCCUGACAAAGCAGUUAAACACUUUAGUCUGCUAAAUUUAAAACACAACGGCCUUGUCAAUUGAAAUGGUAAAUGUGUGGUAUUUAAAUAGAGAGCACUUCAAACAAUUUAGUCUAUAAUCAUGUUGGGCAGCUCUUAGCUACCUAGCUUCCUUUCCCCACAGAACUGGGCCUGCAUUUAGGAUCAGUUCUGCCUUUUUAAUGAAAUACCUUCAUGUGUCGACAUGUAAUUUGACAUCAAAACACUCCCUGAAAAUGAGCCCAUCCAUCAUUAUUCUGGACAGACUUUUUUUUUUUUUUUUUUUUUACGUGGUGUAGCGUUUUGUGCAUUAAAAUGGCAAAUGUGCACUAUGUGAAUCAUUGUGAUAGGGUGAGAUUUAGACAAAUAUAGCACUAGAACUAGGAACUCUUGUCUGUGUAUUGUAAUGGCAUUCCGUGAUAACCAGUGUACUGUGUAAAACAUUGUUGACAAUAACACUACAUUUCAGUAGCUUCUGCAGUUAGCCUUAACACAUCAAUAUCAUACAGCAUUCUUAGACACUGGCAAGGCAGCAUAGAUACAGUUCACUCUGUAUGACUCAUCUACUCCAUGAUCGCACAUGUUGUAUUUUUGCAAAUCAGCUUUUGGACCAAAAUAUAUUUUACAAAGAAU